AUGGAACCAGAGCCAUCCCCUGCCGCUCUCCUCAAGGCUAUCACAGCCCUCACAGCCACAGUUGGGUCCCUGCAGGACCAAAUACGCGCCCAAAGCCAACAACUCACCGAGCUUAGGGCCAUAUGCAAGGAAACAGCGGACCUCCUUGGGGAUAAGGAUCAAGGAGCCCCCCAAACCAAGCCUGGCCCAUUGAUUGGGCCUAUCACCCCUCCUACCCACUCAGGAGGGGAAGUCCACACUCCAGGCAUGGUUAGGCCUGGACUCAAGGCCCCGUUUUGCCCCUCCAGAGGAACAGGUUAUGACUCAGAAGAGGAAGAACCCACGCAACCCCCAAAAAAAGAGCCUUGCGGAACGCCUAGGAGCUUGAGCUCACUCACCCCAUUCAAUUCAGGGUCCAGCGUAAAGCGGCCCAAAAUGGAACUCCCCAACCCAUAUAAAGGGGACUCCAGGGGAAGAAAGGCAACCCAGUGGCUAGACCGCAUGCUACUUUGGGUUGCGCUUCAUCAAGACCAGUUCAAUGAAGAAGAGCAGAUGGUCGUGUGGAUCCUUUACCACAUGACAGACAAAGCAGCCGAUUGGGCACUCCCCCUCAUAGGGGCCAUCAUCAAGGGCAAGGGUAAUCCGCCAACCACUAUCCCGGCCUUAACGGCCAAAUUUAAAGAAGCCUUUGCAGACCCCAACGCAAAGCGGGCGGCCGCCAGGAAAAUUGCCGCGCUCACCCAGACCACCACCACGUCUGAGUAUGUCACCAAGUUCCGCAAUCUUAUGGCAGAACUUGACUGGAACAAAGAGGCAUACAUUGCCCAAUUCACACGCGGCCUUCACUGGAAGGUCAAGGAACUCCUGUCCACCAAGGACAACAUCCCUGACAAGCUGGAGGCUAUAUUUGCCGCCUCCAUCAAAAUUGAUAACACCCGUCAAGAGAACAAGGAGAACCGCCCAAAAAAAGCUCCAGCCAAAACCCCGGCUACCGUAGCCACCUCCACAACCACCACAAGGGUCUGCCUAUCAGAAGACCCAAACUAUGUUACCCCGGAGGAACGGGACCGCCACCGCGCAUAUGGCCUUUGCGUCAAGUGCGGCCAAAAGGGGCAUGGCAUCAAACAAUGCCCUAAUGGCUGGAAGGCCACAAUCAAGGAGGCUGCCAAGACUGGACAGGAGGAGUUGGAAAAAGAGUAA